UUGAUCGUUCGGAGAUGAGUGAUGGUGUCUCGUGUACUGUCCUCUUGUCACUUAUUGUUUCUGUGUCACUUUUAGUUGACUACGGACUGCGAUGGAUAAGAUCGGAGAGUGGCAGGUUGAUAAGUAUGCUCGCACCACCGCUCAUGGCAGAGACUGGGAGACUGUGAAGAACUCUGCCACUAGACCACUGCUGCUCAUCCUUACUAAGAUGGCGGUGAUGUUCUCUGGUUUGGGAAUCCCAGCAGCCGAGGAGAAAUGCGUUCGCUGCUUGCAGGCCCUCCAAGCCUUCCUCAUUAAACCGGACAUCUCUCCUGCUCUCCUGCCUCAAACUUCCCUAAAUUCUAACACUCUAGCAAACACGCCUUCGCUUCUUUACACUCACAAUGACGGUCUCUCAGUUUCUCAUAAUCUCACCAAGACUGUCAUACCGCCUCAUAGCCUUCCCGAGGCUGCUAAUUCGCUUUCAGGAACUCAGUCAGCUAUUUGCGUUUCGACACCCGUAGAAGGCCACUUCGACUCUCUCCCAGACGCAUCCCAAUUUGUUGGAGAUAAGACUGUUUCCUUGCCUCCAGCAUGCCAGCCUCAUACCUUCCCAACUCUGUCACCUUCAGGACUUCAGCCUAUCCUCCCAGCUUCCUUACCUUCCCAGCUCCAGCCUCUGACUCUGGCACCCAAUCACUUUUCGGUGCCUUCUGUCACAGCAUCUAUCCUGAGUGAAUCUUCUGCUGGGCAUCUUGAUCAUUUUGCUUCUUCCUUACCUUCCUCUCCAGUCAUCUCUUCUCUCAUCCCCGGUUCUUCCACGCUCUCCACAACUACACAUACAUUAACAUCUUGCACAAGUAUGAGCGAAGUGGUAGAAGCCAGUGACCUACAUGCUGGAGGUAAGAUGAAGCUGACCCAGCAUGAGAUACCGAUCACCGAAGGCGAUGAUCGCGACAUCCUAGAAUGUGAACCCAACACCCAAGAUCGUCGUGACUCCGAUAUUCAACAGUGUGACUCAGACACCCGAAACAUUGUCUCCGAUACCCAAGAUUUAGAGGUAGCCGUAAUUACCCUCCCAGACAGUGCAGGCCAUUCACCAGCCCUAGUAAGCGGAGCUCACUCCACAGCAAUUCAGAAUGCAGAAGAUGGCCCUGUCCUACAGAAUACAGUUCAUUCCUCCAUCUCACAAAGUUCAAGUCAUGCCUCUAUCCCAGAGAGUAUAAUUUGCAGUCUUGUCGGGGUGAAUGCAGACAACGCUUCUAAAGUGGCAAGUCUCGGGCCUUCGCCAACCCUGGAACAGCUGGUGAAGGCCGUACUGGAGGACCCCAGCCUGCCCGACCUGGUAGAUGCUGUCCACAAAGUGAUAUCCAACAUGUGAUCCACACCCGGGAUAUACAGUUUAUACACAUCAUUCACUCUGCAUUGGUCUCAUCACCGUCUCCCAAAACACAAAGAAUAAAAAAAAAGUCAUAAUACCAUGGCCAGAACAAUUCACAAAUGAACCACAUUUAGGAGAGGAAACUUAUCACAACUAAGUUGUAACUUGAUAAGGUCCAGGAAGGACCGAAACUUCAAAGUUUCCUUUAAAGUACGUGUUAUAUGUGAACUUUGAUACACAAAAGAAUGCAUUGGAAAUUGUAUAUAACAACGGUCUCUGUUCUUAAUUUGUAUAAUCCUGGUUGGUAGAUAAGACACAUAGGCAGCAUUUAGGCAACUUUAUUCCGAAACGUUUCGCCUACACAGUAGGCUUCUUCAGUCGAGUACAGAAAGUAGGCAGGAGCAGUAGAGAUGUGAAGACGAUGUAAUCAGUCCAUCACCCUUGAAGUCGUAGAUUUGAGGUUGUCAGUCCCUCAGCCUGGAGAAGUUCUGUUCCAAAGUCUGGAACUAACUGAAGAUCAAGCGACAGUGUUGAGACUUAAAUACUGUGGGAAGGAGAGGUGCAGAGUAGUAGUAGUGAG